AUGGGCUUUCAAAACUGGCAAAACGUGCAGGAAAAGUUGCAAGAAUUGGAAGAGCAACUCCAAUCACGCUUUGUGGAGAGUCGGCAUGAUGAUGACACAACCGGACCUGACGAUCUGAACGAUCUGAGCGAAGCACCUGAUGAAGGACAGACUCCAGAUGCUGCGCGUGGUCGGGUCAGACGCCAGCUGCCUGCUGUGCAGAAACCUCCAGCAUUGCCAUCCUUACCUCAGCAAUUGAAUUGGCCGUUCACACCAUCGCCACUCCAAUGUGGUGCUGAAUAUCGUGCUGCCCUGGCUAUGGGAGGUCGCCAGAAGUGGAGUCCAGGAGCCCAAACUCAAUGGCCGACAGAGCCCACCACGCUGGAAUCGCUUGAACCGGUCGAUCGGUGGGAACCUCCAGUGACGGUACCGCUCCGUGGGGGGCUGAUGGCAUCUCCAGCAACACCGCGACAAAGAGAAUGGGCUUUGCUGAGCGGCGGAGCAUGCACAGCACAGACGAAUGAUCAAGCCUUUGAGUGUUUACAGCUCGUGGCGGACGUGGAUGGGGCCCUGCGCAGCAUGGAACACUGGGUGGCCGCAGCCCGAGACGGGGCCUCGCCAACUGAGGCAACAUACAGUGCCAAACAGUCCGCUUCAAGUACAUCUGAUCAUCCUUCCGAUGAACUGAAGUCCUUGGCGUUUUUGGCAUGGCAACGUGCAGCCCCGGGGCCACAUGACAGGCUGAGUUUGAGCGGGGGAUCAGCACUUUUGCGCAGAGUGCUCUCGCGUUGCUGGAAUGUUCGACAGCAAGCGGUUUUUAGCCUCUGGAGAUGUGUCGUGGCAUCCCAACAGGCAAUCCGGAGCUCCCAGGAGCAACUCGCAGCCUUCGAAGCCACGGCUGGGCGUACGUGCGUGCGCUACGCGGUUCUGGCCAAUGCGGGUCUGGCUUGCGCGUCCAUUUGUCAGGGUCGAUUGCUGCGCCUUUGGUUCUGGAAAGCUUGGCGUCUUAGCCUCGCGUCAAAUCGAAGGGAAAGGGGAGGAAGAGAAGCCGUCAGAGAAGCCAUCAGCCGCGUGCUGAAUCUUUGUGAACAAGACGGCUAUCGGUUGAAGGCCUUUCAAGCCUGGGCCAGGAGUGUGGCUACAGCACACUGCUUCCAAGAAAUGCGACAGCAUCAAGAUGUCUUGGGCCGCUACCAGCGCCUGACAUUGGCUACAGAGACAGUCACCGCGGCAUUGGAAGAUGAGAAGAAUGCUUUGUGGUGUACUCUGAUUCUAAAGACCUGGCACGCUAAGCUAAAAAGCUGCGAUGCUGGGGCCGAAUGGCUACACCAGCAAGAGCUCCAACAGGUGCACCGUGAGUUGCACGCGGAACGACAGCUGCGACGGAGAUUACAAGAAGAAGUGGAGCAGCUCAAGGCGAGCAAUGGAGUAGCGCCAGCUUCCGCAGAGUCUCGACAGGAAAUCAAUGAGACGCGCAGAUCGAAGCUUCGUGAAGAAGAAGCGCGUUUGCUGAGUCAAGACUUUCAUCAACUGCAGCUCCAAAGAGAUGAGCUGAAGAAGCAAAGAGAAUUCAACGAGACCAGGAGGAGGAUUGAAGCCGUCUCAUCCUCUAAGAAUGCUACUGCAAGCGCCGAAGGCAAUGCUCCACAAACAGAGGAAGAUGACCAGCCACCCGAGCCAGAGACGCCAGCUCCACACGAGCCACCGACGCCAGAGGAUGGGCUGAAGUAUCAAAGCGACAAACUCAGAUCCAUGAAGUUGAAUGAGCUUACCUUGGACCUGCUGUCUGUGAAGGCUCAACUGGAUGAAGACACAGCGAAAAACAGUCAACGCUGGAUUUUGCAUGUGGAAAUUCUGGACAAGCUACUGCAAAGGAGGUCUUGGUAUUUCUGUGGAGUUGUGAGUUUGAUCUUGCGAUCCUGGUCAAAACGGGCCAAGUUCAUGUGUACAGGGCCGUUUCCCUGGCAACUGCGGAGAUUGCGGAUCAGCUUUGGAGCUUGGCGGAGGAUGCAUGAUCAGAAUCGAGUUCAACAGCUCGCAGUGAGAGCGUUUUCACAUCGCAGCCGGCAGAGACUUGCCAGAAAUGCAUUCUUGACCUGGUGCAGAGCUGUUGAUGAUCCACUUCUACGGGUUGAUACAAGUCUUGCGGCAUUGACACAAGACAAUGGGGCCAGGAAAUCCGAAGCCGUGCAAACAGACAGACUUCAAUCGAGGGAGCAGAUUGUGCAAACUCAUGAAAGCCCUCCUUCCCGAAAGGCUUUGAAGACAGCUGUUGUCCAGACAGAUGUCCAGACAGAUCCGGUACAUGAUCGUGGGCCUUCAUACUCUGGUGCUGAAAUGCAAGAUGCACAAAUGCUUGCAGUUGCUGAAUCUGAGCAUAGUGCUUGCAGUGUUGCAAAGGUUGUCCAAACAGACAUGGUCUCAGCUGUCUCCGCGGGAAAAUUGCCUCGUGUCAGCGCUGUCAAGGUCAUUCAAACAGAGGCCUUUGAUCUCACAGAUUUGGAAGACCUGCCGCUUACUGACGUGAAACUUGUCCAAACUGAUACAGCAUGUGCACGGAGAUUGCCAGUCUCCACGGAUGCAAAAGUUGUACAAACGGAGGCAGAGGCUGAUGAGGAACAGCGUCGUUCAACUGACGUGAAGGUUGUGCAAACUGAGACAGUAUCUUCUGGACGGCUGCGGUUCCCUUCAGACGCAAAGCUUGUGCAGACAGAGUUGUUCACUGAUUCUGAGCAUAGUGCUUGCACUGUUGCAAAGGUUGUCCAAACAGACAUGGUCUCAGCUGUCUCCGCGGGAAAAUUGCCUCGUGUCAGCGAUGUCAAGGUCAUUCAAACAGAGGCCUUUGAUCUCACAGAUUUGGAAGGCCUGCCGCUUACUGACGUGAAACUUGUCCAAACUGAUACAGCAUGUGCACGGAGAUUGCCAGUCUCCACGGAUGCAAAAGUUGUACAAACGGAGGCAGAGGCUGAUGAGGAACAGCGUCGUUCAACUGACGUGAAGGUUGUGCAAACUGAGACAGUAUCUUCUGGACGGCUGCGGUUGUCUUCAGACGCAAAGCUUGUGCAGACAGAGUUGUUCACUGAUUCUGAGCAUAGUGCUUGCACUGUUGCAAAGGUUGUCCAAACAGACAUGGUCUCAGCUGUCUCCGCGGGAAAAUUGCCUCGUGUCAGCGAUGUCAAGGUCAUUCAAACAGAGGCCUUUGAUCUCACAGAUUUGGAAGGCCUGCCGCUUACUGACGUGAAACUUGUCCAAACUGAUACAGCAUGUGCACGGAGAUUGCCAGUCUCCACGGAUGCAAAAGUUGUACAAACGGAGGCAGAGGCUGAUGAGGAACAGCGUCGUUCAACUGACGUGAAGGUUGUGCAAACUGAGACAGUAUCUUCUGGACGGCUGCGGUUGUCUUCAGACGCAAAGCUUGUGCAGACAGAGUUGUUCACUGAUUCUGAGCAUAGUGCUUGCACUGUUGCAAAGGUUGUCCAAACAGACAUGGUCUCAGCUGUCUCCGCGGGAAAAUUGCCUCGUGUCAGCGCUGUCAAGGUCAUUCAAACAGAGGCCUUUGAUCUCACAGAUUUGGAAGGCCUGCCGCUUACUGACGUGAAACUUGUCCAAACUGAUACAGCAUGUGCACGGAGAUUGCCAGUCUCCACGGAUGCAAAAGUUGUACAAACGGAGGCAGAGGCUGAUGAGGAACAGCGUCGUUCAACUGGUGUGAAGACCACCCAAACUGCUUCAUUUUUUGCACAGAGAUCGCCAGUUUCAACAGGUGCAAGGGUUGAACACGUGUCGGGGGUGGCUGAUAUGGAACAGAGUUCUUCAACUGAUGCAAAGGCUCCGCAAACUGCUACAUUUUUUGCACAAAGAUCGCCAGUCUCAACAGAUGCAAAAGUUGUACAAGCGGAGGCAGUGGCUGAUAUGGAGCAGAGUUCUUCAACUGAUGUGAAGGUUGCGCAAACUGGUUCAUAUUCUGUACCGAGGUCGCCAGUCUCCAUGGCCGCCAGGGUUGUCCAAACAGAGGUGGCUGAUUUGGAGGAAUGUCCGUCAACUGACGGGAAGCUUGUGCAUGCGCAGUUUGUGGUGCAAUCUGAGCAGCAUCCGAUGGUUUCGGCAGCUGUCGCCCCAUGCCCUGCUGAAUCGGCGGUGGAUACACUGGUCGCACCGGAGACCCGGAGGGAUGGAACCGCAUCAAGGCCACCAUUGCGAUCUGGUGGCGCUGAGUUGGAAUUGGUCUCCACCUCCGAGAUGAAGUUUGUGCAAUGCUUGGCCGGAAAGGUUGAGGCUGCCCGUCAGAAGCAGGCACGUCAAGCACCAAGCCAGAGGCCAGCGGCAUCGCCAUGGUAUGCCAUCGACUUAGAGGCACAGGUCGUGCGACCUUUGGCGAAGCCGGCGCCAGCGAAGCCUCCCAGGGUGCCUCAGGCGGGCGGUGGAUCCGCUCGGCUGCAUGCCAAGCUCAUGAGGCAGGCGGAGGCGGCGCGCUCCCGCGUGGCGCAGAGCGACAUCACCCUGCGGCAGCUGAAGGAUGCGGCGGAGCCCCGUCGCAGCCCCUCGAAACCCGCAUCCCCCCGGCGCUGUCCGUGGCAUGGCUCGGGGGCAGCCGCGGUGUCGGGUGCCUUUGGCGAGGGUACUCCUGAAGACCUUGUCAAUCGGCGCCGAGCAGAGGAGCAAAAGCUCCGCCUUCAGUUAGACCAACUCACUCAGCAGGCAAAUCAACGGAUAGAAAAGAGCAAUGAGGAGAUUCUGAAACUGAACGCCCAGUUGAAAGAAAUGAUGGAAAAUGAGGAUCCCGACCUGGAAGAAGAACGGCAAGACAUUUUGGCCAUGUUGCAGGAACGGAGGUGUCAUGCAGAGGAGUUGCAAAAACGAUCAGAGGGCACCAACGCGCAGUUGCGAAACUUGCGGGACGAGGUCCAGAUACUCAAAGAAGAGAAGGAAGCAUUGUUCUUGGAAGUACAGGAGAUCUACAGCAGACAAAAAGCUCGCCCGGUCACACGCUGA